AUGGGUUUUAAAAAGACACUGAAAGCUCUUGAAAUCCUUGAGAAGCCAGAAGCCAUCUUUAACCGGAGGCUUCAAAGUAACCCAUAUCAUCCAUUUAACAUGGUUGAACGAAAUAAGUUCGUUCUUGCUCUGAGUAGAAAACGAUUUUACAUUGGAACACUUACGGCUUUCGUUUCAAUAGUUGCACUGAUUACGUGGGGAAUUGCGUUUGAGGCCAGCCAAUACAUGGUAUUUCUCAUCCUUGUGGGUGGUGUAUCAGCUAUCAUGGCGUGGGAGAACAGAGGACACCGCACAUGCGUGUUAGACGGAGAGCGUGCGCAGUACGUGUGUGUAAUUGGAGAACAUUCUGUGGAGAAUGGCAACUUCCAUAACGUUUACAUUAGACUUAAAGCGCAAAAGCACGGGGCGGGUGAAAUGUAUUACUAUGUCGUAUUUAACGGAUUCCACCUGACGGAGCAAAAGAUCACAUCUUAUUCCAAAAACGAUAAGAAGCUGCGUGUGUUGGCAAAGAGGCUGGCGGAAAAUCUUAAUCUUAACUACUUUGAUGUAAAAGCCAGUUCAAGAGACCAUGUCAUUCGACACCGUCCUGUGGUUGAUGUCCCAAGUGUUAAGAACAGCAAAUUUAAUGUUGAGCAGCCUGUGUAA